AUGGCAUCUACUGACCUUCCACCGAUUAUGCUAGACCACCUCUACUCCAUAGAUGAUAAUCUUAAGGCGGGAGGGCCGCUCCUGUUGCUUGAAGAUGCCCGUGAGAAUCCGGUUGUCGGUGAUGAGCCAUCCCCUAAGACCACUCCUGUAAUUGAUCCUGCCUCCAUAUCCAGAUACUGCAUUGAAAAGGGCCUCUUUCCAGCCGUUCCCUUAUUCUUCCAAUAUCCUUGCAGCAUCAGUAAGGGUUGGUCAGAAUGGGUCGAUCGUGAGCUGCGGGAUCCAUCCACAUGCAACAUCUUGCGCAGAGCACAGGUCCAUGAUGGCAUCUUCCUUUCCAAAUUGUGGGACAUACACAUCGAAGCGAAGAUGCUUCGUCACGUGGUCCGGAGGUGGAGCGUUGCUACUCACACCUUUGUGUGCUCAUGGGGGGAAUUUACCCUUACCCUUGAAGAUGUGGCGAAUAUCUCUCGCCUUCCUGUCUGUGGCGACCGUAAUCCUUUCGACAUUGCCCUCACUUUAGAAGAAAUAGACAAUCUUGCAGUUUGCGAAGCUUUGUGGCUUGGGCGGUUUGUGCUCUGUGACUUUUCUCAGGACUGCCUGCACGAGCGUGUAUUUCCCUUGGCUUUGGCCAUAGCCCGAGGCGACACCAUCCCCUUAGCCCCCAUGUUCCUGGGACAUCUAUACCAUCUACUUAAUCGAACCCAACUUCUGGAAAAGAAUGCAUCAGGAACCAUGGGCGUGGAGACCCUUCUAAAUUCUGGUUUCUUGCAAGUGUUCUUGUGGGAGCGUCUCAAAGGGUUGGAUGUGCAUUCACUCCCCCAUUCGUACGCUAUGAAGUUAGCUGACUGGGGUAAUGGUUCUUUCAUGCCAAACAAUCUCCCAUUAGUUUGCAGGUGGUUCAAGAGGAUGCAGCGGAAAGGCCAGAAUUUCUUAAAGCUGCUCGAUAACGUCAAGAAUUUUGUCUUCCGUCCCUACGGCACCUCAGCAAAGAUCUUCACUUUCGUGCCCUUUUAUGCUGACGUUAGUGAUACUGUUGAAGUUCCAGCAGCCGUACCGCAGAGUGGCCAGUUCCGAAAGUACGCUUUGUUGAACGUUGCUCCCAUCUCCUUACCUAUUCUUGGGGAUAAUCGCGCAGAGAUUUCCGUGACCUAUUCUCCACACCGAGUCAGGCGGCAGUUCGGGCUUAACCAAGGGGUUCCCAGUAGUCUCAACCAUGGUGACCCCUUUGCACUACACAGGAUCUUCUGGAGCAAUUACCACAUACCAGCCAGUUCCAGGCCCAUCGUUUUAGCGAGCAAGGCGAGGGUUGGUGGCUUCUCCAGAGGCUACCAAGCUUACUGGAACCAUUGCCUCACUUCCUUCCGUGAGUUCCAAUCCUCUCCUGAGGAUAGAUUGCCUCCUACAACAGCCCGCCUUGCAGGUUUGGUGUCAGAAGAGAAGGCUAUCCCUCUAAGCAAAAAACGCAAUUUGCCUUUUAUUUCCAAGUCAGGUGACGUCGUCGGAGAGUUUCCCAAGACAAAUUCAAAGCCAAGGACGCAGAGUCCCCAUAGCUCUGGAAAAACUGUGACACUAGCAUCCAGCAGCCGAAAGCGAGAAAUGAAGCAAACUGUGGGGAAGGAGCCGAGUACCGAUAAACCUAGGAGGUUCAUCCCAAAGGUAGCACCAAGUGGCCCCCCUCGGACUAAAGAAGCAACUCCCCCUGAACGUCCACAGCCUUCGAAGCCUGUUGUAUCUGAGAGCCCAAGUCGUACUGGCAAGGCGCUGGAAACUUCACCUCUUCGUAUCCCGCACUUCCAAUACUUUUCUGGAAAAUGGGUACAACCCCAAAGAGAAAGAGAAGUGACACACCCUGGUAUCUCCUCAGGUGACCCCUAA